GGAGGGAGCGUGUGUGGAGAGGGAGCUGCGUGCCUGUGGGGUCUCCAUGGCUUCCGGGGCCGCGCUCUGGGCGCUCCUGCUGCUCGCCCCGGGGCCCUGGCUGGGCGGAGCCGUGGCCGAAGAUGGAGACUGGGUCAAGCUGCCUAAUAAGUGCGAAGUGUGCAAGUAUGUGGCUUUAGAACUGAAGUCCUCUUUUGAUGAAACUGGCAAGACCAAGGAGGUGAUCGACACAAAAUAUGGCUUUUUGGAUGGCAAGCAAUCCAAAAUCAAGUACACAAAAUCGUAAGUGACUACAAGGUAGACAAAGUGUGG